AUGGCAAGAGGUCUCCCUCUUGGUCCGUCAGUUGCGUCAUGGCCGAUGGAGACGUCGACGGCGCACGACAUUUUUCUUCUUUGGGCAAUGGGCUUCGCCGCUUUUGCUGCCAUCGGAGACACGAUCUUCACAACAACCAUCUCAGUCUUCUCUGGCCCUUGUUUAAAUCUCUACGCUACGACAAUAUUAUUGAAUGUCUUCAACUCUUGCCCAAGUAUCAUCAUCUCCAAGAACCGGAUCAUGUGCUCUCAAGACAUUUACUAUCUUCAUAGAAGUGAUCCCAAACCCCUGCUUUAUGUCGUAAAGCAAACUCCUUCAAGCUACAAAUCCAUAGCUGCCCGAACCCGCGCUGCUGUACUACUUCGUGUAGUCCUUCUCAAGACGAGAAGUCUAGCCAUGGUUCACUUAUCAACGUUACAUAGUCUUAUGACUGUGACUAUCUUGUCAUCCAUUGAUUCGUUCAUGGAAGAUCCUUCGUCAAACCGUGACCUCACAUGUGUCAAAUCACCUUCAAGCAUUUGUCUCAAAGCUCUCAUGGAACCUUUGUCGAUUUCUACUAUUUAUCUGUUUGUGGCAUUGGGGAAUGUCCUUCUUGUUUAUGUUCUAAACUCUGAAUCUUUUGAUCUCAGUUUUCUUUGUAUUUGGUUCUUUCUUGAUUGA